AUGGCCCUGUGGACAGGGCUGGGUCAGGCGGCGACGGUGGCGCAGCUGGUCGGCGCGGACGUCGGCGGCCUCAUCUCCAUGAUCGUGCAGGCCGCGAUGACGGCCCGGCAGAACAGGACCGAGUGCGAGCAGCUCGCACGUCGGGCCCUCAUGAUCGCGCAGCUGCUGCCGCACGUGCAGGAGCCAGAGGCGGCGCAGCCGCUGGCCGGGCUGGGCGAUGCUCUUCGGGACGCCCACGAGCUCGUCGUGUCCUGCCAGGGGAGGAGCGCGGCGUACCAGUUCAUCAUGGCCGGCAGGACGGCCGAAAAGUUCAGGGAGGUGCAGAGCAAGAUCGACUCCUACCUAAUCCUCUUCCCCGUCAUCAGCCACAUCGGCAUAACACGUCGCCUCGAACGAAUCUACAGCGUACUUGUUCAAGAUGGCUCCACCAGAGAUGAACCACCGUCUCCACUUCCACAGCCAGCCCAGCUGCAGGUAUGUACAACUUCAAUACUGAUCGAUCGCAUGGAUGAUAGCGCAAAUUGCUCACAGUUCAUUUGCGGUCUAUCUUUUCAACAGUUUACAGAGGUUGCCCAAGAGGUACUACUGCAUGGAACCAAGGAGUUUACGUUCGCGGAGAUUGUGGCUGCCACCAAUAACUUGGCCCUUGACACCGUGAUUGGUCAAGGUUCUUCUGGUAAGGUGUACAAAGGCAGGCUUCACGAUGGGCGAGAGGUGGCCAUCAAGCGCAUCAAUAACGAUGACUACUCCAUAAAGGCAUUCAGCAUGGAGCUCCACACCCUACCACGGCUCCAACACAAACACAUCGUCCACCUCCUUGGAUCGUGCGUGACUGUGAGCAAGAAAAAAAUGCGCCUACCAACAAUCCGGCAAAAGAGAAAAAAAGGCCUGCUAACAAGGCGGACAAAGGAGCCGGAAGAGCGAGAAGAGCAACAGAGGUUGGUUGUCUACGAGUACAUGGAGAAUGGCACACUCUUCGACCACCUGCACGCUGUUCAGGGCUCCUCCACAUUGUCACCGGUGACGGUGUCCUGGAAGAUGCGCAUUGAUGUGCUCCUCGGCGUGUCACACGCCAUCGAGCACCUGCACCGUCAUGCCAACCCGCCGAUCAUCCAUCGGGACAUCAAGCCGAGUAACAUCCUUUUCGACGGCAACUGGGUACCACGUGUGUCAGACUUCGGCUUGUCGCUCGUCUGGGACAUGGCGAGUGAGGUGCCGUGGUUGGAUGUCACCGUUAGAGGCACACUUGGAUACAUCGACCUUGAAUACCUCCAUACAGGUCAUCUGACUCCGGCGAGCGACGUGUAUAGCCUCGGCGUGGUUAUGCUUGAGGUUCUGACGGGGAAAAAGGCGUUUUCCCAUGCAGAGGAGGAGAUGAAUAGAGAUCUGGCAUCCUUUGCACUCCCCAUCAUUGAGGCUGGUAACAUUGAAGAUAUGUUGGAUAGGCGACCUGUACCGGAGCCAACGCCAUGGCAGCUGCAUGCACUGAAGCGUGUGGCGCAGAUUGCACGAUGCUGCGUGAAGUUUACCGGGAAGGACCGGCCCGCCAUAUCAGACAUCCUUGCCAACCUCGAGACGGCGCGCGAGUUGAUUCGUAGAGAUGAGCCAGAUUCAGUUGACAAGUCUGGUUUCUGGCCCUUCCUUGAAAAAGUUGACGACUCACCGGACUCUCCACAUGCCAGGAACAUGCCAUUGAACAUGCCAUCAGCAUGCUACUAUUCCGAUCUGGAACUUGAGGUGUUGGAGGAUGGGCGUUGA